AUGCCGGACAACACCAUGAACGGGCUGUUCAAGGAGUCCCCGUACGCCAAGUGGAAGGGCCUCGUCAAGAACACCCACAAGCCUGCCGUCAAGGAAAGUUUCUACCUCAACAUCGCAGGCGCCACGUUUGAGAUCCCCUACGACGAUUGGUGGCUGUCCCUCUCCAACCAAUCCUGCGUCCAGAAGGCUCCUCCUGGCUUCGGAGGUCUUCUUAUCGGCGACGUUCUCUUUCGCCGUUUUGUGGUACUGUUCGACCUCAGGCACUAUCCCGAGACAGUAGUCAUCGGCAUCGGCAAGCAGAACAAGAACUACAUCCCAGCUCAGCGCCAUGCGACUAUCUCCAAGUACUUCAUCAACGUGUCCGUCGGGACUCCGCGCCAGCAGUUCACCGUGAUCUUUGACACAGGCUCCAGUGUCUUCGGCAUCUUCACGCGCUGCAUCCCCAACGCACCGUCGUACGGCAAGUGCACCUUCGGAGGAGGAUCAUCAGGAGGCAGCGGGAUGCUGGUAGAGGGCGCCAUCAUGAUCCUCACUUUCGCUGUCCUUUGCAGCGUCAUCGGCAUCUUUGCCAACCUCUACUACCAACGUCGGCACGAGAGGGAAGAGAAACUCGCGCGGUCUAAGUCCAAGGGCAAAAAUCCUUCCAACUCCUCCUACGGCCCCGAGCGCCUCGCUGGAUACUACGGGGCAGUACCAUGAGACUCUCCAGAACCAAGUCGGUGCCAUGGAGCUCUCAGGAAAGUUGCAUGAAAGAGGAGAAGCUCUGCAAGAGAUGCAGCUGAUACCGUCCCGCACACACACCUCUCAACUUUGCCUGUCAAGCUCCUCACAGUUUCAUUCAAGACGCUUGCAGUGUAGAUCAUUAAAGACUAAAAAGACUUCCAAGGUGGAACGGGGAGGUGGGCGGGCAACCGGCUCUGCAGUGACCUGCAUGGUCCGUCAGGAGGAAAUCAAGUCGCUGCUAGAACGUGCAGACAACACAGGCACAGCCCCUCAUUACAACGUUAUCCUCAAGGGUUCUCAGACUUGAUUUUGAUUUUCUAUGUUUGAAGGAGUAAUCAUAGGGCACAUGCAAUGGUGGGAGAGGGUCGCCGUCGAGCUCGUACCUGCACAGCUCGAUGAUUCGAUGUAUCCUGAACCUAGCUGCUCGCUUCCUUUGUU